AUGAGUGGAAGACUGGUCACUCGUCUGAGCAGCGCUCGCUGCUCGCUUUUCUUGUGCGACAUGCAGGAGAAAUUCCGCACCAACAUCCAGUACUUCAACGAGGUCGUUUUCAACUCAAGCCGGCUGCUGAAGGUAGCCAAGCUGCUGGACAUGCCCGUCGUCUGCACGGAACAGUAUCCCAAGGGGCUCGGGCCGACCGUACCUGAACUGGGCAUCCAAGAAUAUGGAAUCGUUCCUGUUGAAAAAACGCAGUUCUCAAUGGUGCUUCCGCAAAUCACAGACAACCUCCAGAAAAACCACGAACAAGUAAACACAAUUAUUCUGUGUGGAAUCGAGACUCACGCCUGCAUCCACGAAACCGCGCUUGACCUUAUGGAAAAGGGCUUCGGCGUUCACGUCGUUGUCGACGCGUGCUCCUCGAGAAGCAUGCUUGACAGGAAAUACGCUUUCAAGCGUCUGAAGGCCGCUGGAGUCACCCUGAACACGUGCGAAGGCGUCGUGCUGUCCCUCGCCAAAGAUUCCAAGCACCCUAAGUUCCGAGAGCUUCAGAAACUGAUUUGGGAGGUUGGACCGGACACCGGACUCCUGCACUGAAAACCUGCAAUCUCUUUAAAACAAAAAGAAUCAAAUAAUGGAAUAAUGGAGGCAACUACUUUGUCAAUUGAUAAAAAUGCUUUAUAUAUUAUAUAGGCUCUAUUUCAUGCAAAUCGUGAACGUGAAGGCUCAAAAUUAUAGAAUGGGAAUAUAAACAAAAUAAAUAAUCUACGUUAGAGAAA